AUGGUGCCAAUCCAAGCACUUCAAUAUAAGAAAACAGUCUUUUUCGCUCUCGUGUUUUUUACUUCGUUUAUUCACUAUUCAUUAGCGAAAAAGAAAGACGUUUUCGAUGUUAAAGAAUUUUUGGAAAAAGAAAAGAGGAAAUUUACAGCUCCAUGUCCAAAAAAGAUAACACUGAACAGUGUAAACCAUUUAAGAUGGACUGCAGAGAUUGACCAGGCAAUACCAUGUGUACUUCUCGCCUUGGAAGCCAAGGAAAAUGAUGGAUUUCAGUGGUCUGCACUCGGUACACUGUACCAGAGGAAGGGACAAACAUCACAAGCGGUAUCUUGUUUCAAGCAUGCAUCAAAACUAUCUGGGAAGGUUAGCCCGUACGUUGCUUCAUGGGAUUUUAUUGGACCAUUUGUCAUUGGAAAAAUGGAAAUUGAUGGUGAUCCAUUGGAACCUUUUGGUGGUGUGUUUGAAGUUGCUAAAAAAAGAAACAACAAAAAUAUAAAAUUUUUCUCUGAGCUGGUUCACAGUGGAGAAGUUAAGUGGAAAACAUUUAAGCAGUCUUAUGCUGAUGAAACCAUAAAAAUAAGUCCCCAAGUAAACUGGAAUGACUUGGUAAACUCUCUUAGUUCCAUGGGGAUAACUGAAUGGCAGGGUUGGGUGGUAGGGGAGUUUGCCGUGAAUGAGAAAGACCAGAUUGUGGUGUUUCAGUGUUUGGAUGUCCACACUUUUUACAUCGAUGACCGACCAUUGACAGGAGAUGUGUACCGUAGGGAUGUGUUCUGGACCACUACCCACCUGUCACAAGGUGUCCAUACCAUCUACAUUCGUUUACGCUCUAAAGUGACUGCUAAUUUCCAGUGCUCUAUAAAGAUACCACAAUCUAGUAUCCAAAUUCUACCUCCUCACUUCUUACCAGAUCUUGUAAAUGGCUACUUGUUUGGCAAACACAUUGCUCUUCCAGUGACAAAUUAUCAUCAAACAAAAUGGGUUCGCAUUUCCAAGGUAUCAGUGGCUGAUCAAUCAGAUGGAAACACUUUGAAAAGCCAUUUGCUCCAUUCUGUGAAUAUUGCUCCAGGUCAAACUAUACCAGUUUUGAUAUCAUUGGAAACAGUAGCUGAUGAGAGAGUUGUGUCAAAGUGUACCUCAAUAAAUGUGAUUCUGUCCAUUACAACAUCACAAGGAACCUUGCCCUUCAAGUUCAAUCUCCGCUGUAGGAAGCUUGGAGAGUCCUUUCUGUUUACAUUUCUAGACCAUGAUGGAUCUGUGCAGCAUGCGGCAGCCAUAGCCCCUAUUAUAGGGUGUGGGGGAGCCACCUGUCCUACCCUUCUCACAUUACAUGGCACCACUGUGCCACCACAGAACCAGGCUGACAGCUACAAGGUAAUGAGGAAUGGAGAAUUUGUAUUUGGAAUUCCACGUGCUUGGCUGCUGGCUCCAACAAGACAUGGUGCACAUAACUGGGAAGGUCCUGGCAGUCUCACGGCUAUGACAGCACUGGACAGACUGGCAUCACUAACACAAUCCAGUGAUUGGAUCUCUGAAAAGGCAGACAGUUCCAGUGUCCUGUUUGCUGGUCACUCCAUGGGAGGACAUGGGGCGUGGCACCUAGCCACACACUUCCCUGACAGAGCCAUUGGAUUGGUAUCACUCGCAGGGUGGAUCAAGAAAGAAGAGUAUGGAGACAGCAAUCUUUUCUUUAGACAUGAUCUGGCCACAAGUCACAUUGAUCCUGCCAUCAAAGCAGUGAUGGAGGCCUGUAUAGCAGAGAAUGAUGCUGAUAGACAUAUCACAAAUUUACAGAACAUUCCUGUAUUCACCAGAAUUGGUGCCAAUGAUCGCACUGUUCAUCCAUUCUUCAUGAGGAGGAUGUACAGACUAAUGAAUGAGAUACAGCUCAUGAUCAACUACACAGAACUACCAGGCAAGGAACACUGGUGGUGGGACACAUGGGAGACCAAUGAUGGUGGGGUAGUGAAUGACCGACAGCUAAGGGAGUUUACUGACAGUAUUACCAAACUAGAUGACAGCUGUAAUAGUGAUGGCUGUGACCGCUCAAAGGACAACAAAUACACAAGGAAGGAAAAUGAGGGAAAGUUUGUUUUCACUAGCUACAAUCCAGCCUUAGGAGAGGGCCUAAAUGGUUUAGAGAUCAUUCAGCAGAGGACACCAUUACGCCUUAGUAAAAUAGAAGGUUUUACAAAGAACAGCGAAAUUUGGCUUAAGACAACAAAUGUUCAAUCUUUUGUAAUAAGAGAACCCAAGAUAAGAAAGAUGGAUUGGAAGAACAAACUGCUCAAAAUUGAUGACACAGUUGUGGACAUUGACGAUUCAAACAAGUUUGAAACUGAUGGUGUGCUAUUUUGCAAUAAAAAAGGGGACUGGGAACUAUGUGGAGUUGAUAUGGAUAGGAGAAAUUCUACCACCUAUGGACCUGCCAGACGUGUUGCAGAGCAACCAUUUGUUAUUGUCAUAGAUACAGAAUCUGAGUAUGGCACAGAGAUCCAAAGUCUUGCUGUGUACAUUGCUAACCUAUUCUUCCAGACCUCAGACACAGCUGCUCCCAUUGUCAAACUCAGUGAUAUCUCCGACAAAACAAUUGGUGAAAGAAACCUGAUUAUCUUAAGCCUGUCCACUGCUAUACUGGAAGUAUUGGAACUGCCCCCUGACCUAACAUUAACAGAUUCUGUGAUAAAGCUUGGUGAUUGUAAAUUUAUGGAGCCUCGCAGUGGUUUAAUGACACUUGCUCCACACAAGUCAUGGAAGGAUGGCCUGGUGAUGUUACUGUCAGCAAACUCUAUUGAGGGUCUGAGGGACAUCGUAUCUCUAGCCACACCCACCAUUCCUCCAAUGACAAGGUCACCAUUUUCCAAUCUACUGCCAGACUAUGUGGUGACAGGACCAGAAUUUGGAUGGAAAGGACCUGGUGGAUUUCUUUGUGCAGGUUUUUUGGGAAAUGGCUGGGAGUAUCGUCCUGAUCUCUCCUCCUGUAGUUGUCAUUACUAGCAUAAUACAGACUACAGUGUGCUGUCCUGAUGAACAUUUUCUGGAGAUUUGCUCAAUUACAUGUAUUUGAUCCAUAAAAUUUACAAUUAUUAACAUACUAUUAGUGAAAUUUAAGCUUUACAGCAAAUCAACAUGCCAAACGUUAAUAUUUGAUGUGACAUCAGCAACCUGAAUUAUUAACUGCUCUAUUGCCUACUAAUGGAAAGAUUGUGAUUGUGUCUGUUAGAUAACAUAGCUGCUUCCUGUAUUUAAUCCAUUACUAGAGAAUUGUUACAUUUUAACUUAUUAGACAUAAAAUGCUUUUGUGUGCUGAAAUGGUUGAACUAUUCAUGUCACUUGAUGAAUUGUUAAUAUAGCGAUUACACUUGGACAUCUACUUCACCUUGUAUUAUUUAAUUGACAUGCACAAAAAACUGAUCUCAUCAGAUAUAGAAUUGAAUGUAUGCACUCUUGUGUGGUUGUUUAGGAUACAAAAUGUCUCAUUCAAUGAUGUAUGAAAGACAGGUGUUAGGUCCUAGUGGAUUUAUUUUAUUACAACCCCAAAAGAAUUCUUUGUUUUCAUAUACAUAUAGUAGCAUGCUCAGUCAAUUAUCGCAGUGAAUGUUACUGUCAGAUUCGUUAGGAGCACAUGGCCAUGGUGCAUUUAUUUAGCUACUUUGGUGAUGGAUCCAUUGAGUUAAUACAUAUGAAUGAAUUUGCUGGUGAUUUUCAUUGAAUGUAUGAGUAUAUCAUUUUGAACUCAAGAAUGUAUGCCUCUUUAAAUAUUUUACCUGUGAGUUUUGUUGAUGUUUUGUCUUUUCUCAGCUUGCAAUAAGCAUUAUCUGGUGAUGAUAAAUUCAGUCAGAGCUCAGUUAGAAGGAAAUCAGUUUUAUAUAGAUACUUGUGCACAGUUUUCUUUCCCGUCAUUAUAAAGAAAUUGCUAAGGAUGGGGUCCCAUGCAUUUUUCUUUUCCCCAUGAAAGCUUAUGGUAAUUUGCAUUUUCCUGAAUAAAUAAAGUUUGUAGUCGUUUGUCUAUACCACAUUUGGCACAGCCAAUACCACAUUUGGAAAUCUCUGAUUAAAAUCCUGAGGGGUCAGAGUUUAAAUAGUUUGAGUUGUGAUGUAACUCAACAGUAUAAAUUUAUCUUGGAUAAUUUUUUAUCCACGUUAUACAUAAAACAAAAAAAUUGUCGAUUAAAGUGAUAACUCUAGAAGUAAUUACAUAAAAUAUGUAUAACUAGGCAAUAGAAUACUCAAUGUAUUGUUGUCUGUAAAAAUAUACUUAGAAGGUUUCAAUGUUAAAUUCUUUUGGAGAGUGUCGUAAUUUAUCAUGUAUAAAAGUGACCAGGUUUACCAUGCAGAGUUUUGUUCCUUACCAAUACUUUUUACUCAGUUUUUACAAAUUACUCAUUGUUGAAUAUGAUCAUUGAAAAAUGUUUGGUGUUAUGAUCAUUAAAUAUCCCUCACAACUAUAAAUCAGAUAAUUUAAUGUAUACAUCUGAUUGCUAGUCCUUAAUUUAUAUAUGUAUAUAUAUAUAUCAGAUUG